AUGGCCUGGGCUGUGCCGACUGAGAUCCCUAAUUACCAGCCCCAUUUCCGACCUACCCUCCCCGCACAACAGUCUAGCUCUCUCCCGUCUACUCCUUACCAACUCCCUCGUGACCUCCCUUUCCGAUCCAGAUCUCCUUCACCACACCGCGGCAGUAUAUCUCCCAGAUCUGCGCAUUCCGAAUUCAACCAUACCCUGCCCGCCGUCCGGAAAGAAUAUGGCGGGGGCUGCAAGUAUGAGACGGGCAUGGCCCAUUUCAGAAGACGGAUGCCAUACUCCCUUGGCAGUGACAUGCUCCCCGACGAGCCUGGACCGCUGAAGGAGAAGCUUGAGCCCGAAAAGGAGGUAAAGCUGAGUAGGGACAUCAAGGAGCUCUACCAGAAGCUAUUACCGUCUCCAGAAAGCGAAGAAAGAAGGGUGAAGUUUGUACGGAAGCUUGAAAAGUUGUUGGACACUCAAUGGCCUGGCAACGAGAUAAAGGUCAAUGUUUUUGGCUCGUCAGGGAACAAACUUUGCACAAGCGAUUCUGAUGUCGAUAUUUGCAUAACGACACCGUCGAAAUGCUUCGAACCAGUCUGCGUUCUAGCCGACUUUUUGGCGAAGAGUGGAAUGGAACGAGUUGUCUGUGUGUCACACGCAAAGGUUCCUAUUGUCAAAAUAUGGGAUCCAGAACUUCAGGUGGCUUGUGAUAUGAACGUCAACAACACACUAGCACUCGAGAACACACGCAUGAUUAAGACAUACGUCGAACUCGAUGACCGAAUUCGGCCUUUGGCAAUGCUAGUGAAACAUUGGACCAAGCGGCGCAUCCUUAAUGAUGCUGACGUCAUGUCGGUUCGCCAUGGAAAACUAAUAUCGAAGGAAGAGAAGGGAUGGCAUCUACUGCAAAACAACCGUUUGUGUGUCGAGGAACCGUUCAACACUUCAAGAAAUCUAGGCAAUACUGCUGACGAUACAUCUUUCCGUGGUCUCCAUCAGGAAUUAAGAAGAGCUUUCAAGGCAAUCUCCGAAGGCAAUCUGGAUGAAUGUUGUGAGCAGUACGAAUACCCACCAGAGGAAGAACGAGUCUGGGAACGUCCAGCACCCCAACCGCGACCCGUUAUUACCCCCAUGCCACCAGCCCAUUCAAAUACCCGUGGAGGCAGAGGUGGAGGAAGGGGAGGACGGAAUCAAAAUCACUACAACAACCGUGGAUCUCAUGGAGGGCGACGGGCAUCAAGUGCUGCCAACAGAUCAAAUAUGGCUCGGCACCAAAAUGCGGCCUUUGCUGCGGAAAUUGCCUUGCAGGCGCAACAGGCGCAACAUGCACAGUACCUACUGCACGAUCACCUCUACCAACAGAUCCAGAUCCUCCAAGCACAGGAACAGGAAUUGCGCAUGAAGCAAGCUAUGAUAAGUAGUCGCGGUAACGCCUCGUUACUGCGCCAACAAUACAUCCAAUUCCCGAUGGUCCCCCAGCAGGACAGCGGUUCGCCCGACGAAAACUCCCAAAAUCGAGCAAACAUUAUGCAUGGCCAGGGCCCUCUCACAACCCCUGUCCGACAGAACAUCUUUUUCAGUCCUUCCUUUGUUACCCCCGUCAGCGUUGCGGCACCACAGCCACAACCACAACCUCCAUCAAAUACGACAAAUCCUCCCUCGCCAUCUCCAUCUACCGUGACGCCAGAUACCCGCCGAAACCACCGACGGUCAUCUAUCACUAAUAGCUCUCCGCGAAGUAGUCUAAGGGCCCAGUCUCAGCCUGCCCGGCCAAUAUCGGCCUGCGUACCAAACAACUUCAGCACGUUCUAUGCAACUGCCAUGGCCCAACCAGAAGCACAAUAUGUCCAGCAGCAGAGUGCCCGACAGUCACCGGAUUCGCCUCAACGCACUCCAACAGAAAAGGACUAUGGCUUCCCUGCAACAGGACCGUACUUCGUGAAAACAGGCCCAGUUGACGAAAAUGGUAUCUCGCCAGAAUACAUAAGUUACUAUGUUGGGGACUCACCCCAGACUCAAGGUGCUUAUAGUCGGCGUUCCAUAGCAUCAUCGUAUCCAGGCCACGCUGGACUUGCCAUUCGCAAUACCGGGCUGUAUAAUAUAUUUUAUACCCCGACGGAAUACCGGCCCAUUCCAAUGCCAACCCUUGACCAGUCAAAUAUACCCCUGGAACAGCUGGAUCACAUGAACGUACACACUCGAGUACCUCAGCAGCAACACUAUCAUCAGCAAGCUACACAGCUAAAAACUCAAUCAGGCCAGGGUCCGUUGAUAAUUGACGGGUCCGUCCCUGCGAAUGACUUCCGUCGUCAAUCUACCCAAGAUGAACAUAGCGAACAGUUCUUCACUCCGCAGCAUUCGUCCGUUCACAGUCAACGAACGUCUCGACAAGAUACGCCGAACAAUGGGUCUAGAGAACCGUCUCCAACGGAGCAAUUAGUUUAUGACGAGGCUGAUUCUGUCUUCGGCACACCGCAUCAUGAGGCCCAACAGCAUCAUCCACAACUUAAUGGGUGGACGCAGAAUAUCAGAACUAGCAGCAAGCCCGCCAUCAAUGGCCACAUUGGCAGGCUAGAAACGUUGUCAGAGCAAUUGCAGCGCUUCCAGCUUUCUGAUCCAGCAUACUUACCUCAUGUGGAUACAAGUCAUCUCGUCAAGGAAAAUGGCAUUCAUACCCACGACCAGCACCACCAAGCCAACGGGGGCGGAAAUGGCAAUGGAAAUGGAAACGGAGUACAUCAUGCGCCCGUACAAUCGCAAAAACCAGCCACAAAUUCAAAGGCUACCCCUGCUAAAGAAAACGGGCGUGGCACUUCCCCCACCGUGAAACGCCGUGGUAACGGCCCUGGAGCUGACACAGAGUACCACCCGAACGGCGUAUCGCAAAAGCAAAAACCAAGGUGGCAUUCUGUUAGCGGUAUAUCCUCCUCGGCCAUCCCAAAUGCCACCGAGAGUAGGGAAGCUCCGAAGCCCAACGGCGUCCACACGAACAUGAAACCUGUUUCAAAUGGCGGCGGUCAUGACCACGCCUCCACCUCCAAUACCAAUAACAGUGGCGGCGGAGGCUGGCAAACCACGACAACCAAAAAGAAGAACAAGAAGGGGGCAAAUAAACCGGCAACUGGAGCAGAGCCGCUUCCUGCCGACGAAUCGCUAAGAAAAGGCGGAUGAAGGAAGCAGCCUCUUUCGUUCCGUCUUGUCUCUGUAAAAAGAAUCAAAAAUCAUAUCUUUCGGGUAUCUGAUUCCGGGAUAUAGGUAUGAUGUUUGUUCCUUAUCAACAGGAAUAUGCUCUGGGCUUAACACAUAGAGCAAUCUACAACUCCUUGGAGAGAGUAACUUGACCUUCACAGCGUGAGUCUGCUACGCUUUUAUCUAGUGAGCAAACACAGAGUACGCAAGUUACUAUCUCGGCGCCCUGGCACGUUCUAUCCACUAAUGCGCAUAAAAAUCAGCCAACACCAAACUAGGAAAAAACACAACCAGUACAUAUUUUCAUAAGAUUGAAAGAUUCAACGCCUGAUUUCUUCCCCUUUUUUUUCCCUUUUUUUCUUAACUUUUUUUUCUUAUUCAACAG